UGCAGAGGAAAUUCAUGCACUGAUCACCUCCCAGCCUGCAAGGCAUCUUCUCAUAGCAUAAGAGUGUUCUCUGCGGACAAGCCCCUCCACAAAGUGCAGCCAUGUCUUCGGACGCUGAGAUGGCCAUCUUUGGGGAGGCGGCUCCUUACCUCCGAAAAUCGGAGAAGGAGAGAAUUGAGGCCCAGAACAAACCUUUUGAUGCCAAGACAUCUGUCUUCGUGGUACAUGCAAAGGAAUCCUUUGUGAAAGGGACAAUCACGAGCAGGGAAUCGGGAAAAGUCACUGUCAAGACUGAAGGGGGAGAGACCCUGACUGUGAAAGAAGAUCAAAUCUUCUCCAUGAACCCUCCCAAGUAUGACAAAAUCGAGGACAUGGCCAUGAUGACCCACCUGCACGAACCCGCUGUGCUGUACAACCUCAAAGAGCGUUACGCAGCCUGGAUGAUCUACACCUACUCGGGUCUCUUCUGCGUCACUGUCAACCCCUACAAGUGGCUGCCGGUGUACAACCCCGAGGUGGUGUUGGCCUACCGAGGCAAGAAGCGCCAGGAGGCCCCUCCACACAUCUUCUCCAUCUCUGACAACGCCUAUCAGUUCAUGCUGACUGAUCGGGAGAACCAGUCCAUCCUGAUCACCGGAGAAUCCGGGGCCGGGAAGACUGUGAACACCAAGCGUGUCAUCCAGUACUUUGCAACAAUUGCAGCCAGUGGAGAGAAGAAGAAAGAGGAGAAGUCAUCAGGCAAAAUGCAGGGGACGCUUGAGGAUCAAAUCAUCAGCGCCAACCCACUGCUGGAGGCCUUUGGAAACGCCAAGACCGUGAGGAACGACAACUCCUCACGCUUUGGCAAAUUCAUCAGAAUCCACUUUGGUGCCACAGGCAAACUGGCUUCUGCUGACAUUGAAACUUAUCUGCUGGAGAAGUCCAGAGUCACUUUCCAGCUCAAGGCGGAGAGGAGCUACCACAUCUUUUAUCAGAUCAUGUCCAACAAGAAGCCGGAGCUAAUCGACAUGCUCCUCAUCACCACCAACCCCUACGACUACCAGUUUGUGAGUCAAGGUGAGAUCACGGUUGCCAGCAUUAACGACCAGGAGGAGCUGAUGGCUACAGAUAGUGCCAUUGACAUCCUGGGCUUCACUGCUGAUGAGAGGGCGGCCAUCUACAAGCUGACAGGGGCUGUCAUGCACUAUGGGAACCUGAAGUUCAAGCAGAAACAACGAGAGGAGCAGGCAGAGCCUGAUGGCACCGAAGUUGCUGACAAGGCUGCCUACCUGAUGGGUCUGAACUCAGCAGACCUGCUCAAGGCCCUCUGCUACCCCCGAGUCAAGGUGGGGAAUGAAUAUGUGACCAAAGGCCAAAAUGUGCAGCAGGUAUACAAUUCAGUGGGUGCCCUGGCCAAGGCUGUCUAUGAGAAGAUGUUCCUGUGGAUGGUUGUUCGCAUCAACGAACAGCUGGACACGAAGCAGCCCAGGCAGUACUUCAUUGGUGUCCUGGACAUUGCUGGCUUUGAGAUCUUUGAUUUCAACAGCCUGGAGCAGCUGUGCAUCAACUUCACCAAUGAGAAACUGCAACAGUUCUUCAACCACCACAUGUUUGUGCUGGAGCAGGAGGAGUACAAGAAGGAGGGCAUUGAAUGGGAGUUCAUUGACUUUGGCAUGGACCUGGCUGCCUGCAUUGAGCUCAUUGAGAAGCCCAUGGGCAUCUUUUCCAUCCUGGAAGAGGAGUGCAUGUUCCCCAAGGCAACUGACACCUCUUUCAAGAACAAGCUCUAUGACCAGCACCUGGGCAAGUCCAACAACUUCCAGAAGCCCAAGCCAGGCAAAGGCAAGGCUGAGGCCCACUUCUCCCUGGUGCACUAUGCUGGAACAGUGGACUACAACAUCACUGGGUGGCUGGAGAAGAACAAGGACCCUCUGAAUGAAACUGUCAUUGGGCUGUACCAGAAAUCAUCUGUGAAGACCCUGGCUUUACUCUUUGCCUCUGCUGGAGGAGAGGCAGAGGCUAGUGGUGGUGGCGGUGGCAAGAAGGGAGGCAAGAAGAAGGGCUCUUCUUUCCAGACUGUCUCAGCUCUUUUCCGGGAGAAUCUCAACAAGCUGAUGACCAAUCUGCGGAGCACUCACCCCCAUUUUGUGCGCUGCAUCAUCCCCAAUGAGACUAAAACACCUGGUAAGAAGCCCAAGCUAAAAGAUCCUUGCUCUGAUACAUCCAUUCCCCUCUGCAAUGCAAUCUGUGCCCCUCAUUUGUGCUCUGCAUUGCCAGGUGCCAUGGAGCACGAGCUGGUGCUGCACCAGCUGCGCUGUAACGGCGUGCUGGAAGGGAUCAGGAUCUGCAGGAAAGGGUUCCCCAGCAGAGUCCUCUAUGCUGACUUCAAACAGAGAUACAAGGUGCUUAAUGCCAGUGCCAUCCCUGAGGGACAGUUCAUCGAUAGCAAGAAGGCUUCUGAGAAGCUUCUUAGUUCAAUCGAUGUGGAUCACACCCAGUAUAAAUUUGGACACACCAAGGUGUUCUUCAAAGCUGGGCUGAUAGGGGUCCUGGAGGAGAUGAGAGAUGAGAAGCUGGCACAGCUCAUUACUCGCACCCAGGCCAUGUGUAGGGGCUACCUGGCAAGGGUGGAGUACCAGAGAAGGGUGGAGAGAAGGGAAUCCAUCUUCUGCAUCCAGUACAACGUUCGCUCAUUCAUGAAUGUCAAACACUGGCCAUGGAUGAAGCUGUUCUUCAAGAUCAAGCCCUUGCUGAAGAGUGCAGAGUCUGAGAAGGAGAUGGCAAACAUGAAGGAAGAAUUUGAGAAAACCAAGGAAGAGCUUGCAAAGUCUGAGGCAAAGCGGAAGGAGAUUGAAGAGAAAAUGGCCUCUCUGAUGAAGGAGAAAAAUGACCUGCAGCUCCAAGUGCAAUCUGAAGCAGAUGCUUUGGCUGAUGCUGAGGAAAGAUGCGACCAGCUGAUCAAAACCAAAAUCCAGCUGGAAGCCAAAAUUAAGGAAGUGACUGAAAGGGCUGAGGAUGAAGAAGAAAUUAAUGCUGAGUUGACAGCCAAGAAGAGGAAACUGGAGGAUGAAUGUUCAGAGCUGAAGAAAGAUAUUGAUGACCUUGAGCUAACACUGGCCAAGGUGGAGAAGGAAAAACAUGCCACUGAAAACAAGGUGAAAAACCUGACAGAGGAGAUGGCAGCUCUGGACGAGACCAUUGCCAAGCUGACCAAGGAGAAGAAAGCCCUCCAAGAGGCGCAUCAGCAGACCCUGGAUGACCUUCAGGCAGAGGAAGACAAAGUCAAUACUCUGUCCAAAGCCAAGACCAAGCUGGAACAGCAAGUAGAUGAUCUGGAAGGGUCCCUGGAGCAAGAGAAGAAACUGCGCAUGGACCUGGAGAGAGCCAAGAGGAAACUGGAAGGAGACCUGAAGCUGGCCCAGGACAGCAUCAUGGAUUUGGAGAAUGAUAAGCAGCAGCUGGAUGAGAAACUGAAGAAGAAAGACUUUGAAAUCAGCCAGAUCCAGGGCAAGAUCGAGGAUGAACAAGCAGUAGCUAUGCAAUUUCAGAAGAAGAUCAAGGAGCUGCAGGCCCGCAUUGAGGAGCUGGAGGAGGAAAUUGAGGCAGAGCGAACCUCUCGCGCUAAAGCAGAGAAGCAUCGCGCUGACCUGUCCAGGGAGCUGGAGGAGAUCAGUGAGCGUCUGGAAGAAGCAGGAGGGGCCACAUCAGCUCAGAUUGAGAUGAACAAGAAGCGUGAGGCAGAGUUCCAGAAGAUGCGCCGUGACCUGGAAGAGGCCACGCUGCAGCACGAAGCCACGGCUGCCGCCCUGCGCAAGAAGCACGCGGACAGCACAGCUGAGCUGGGCGAGCAGAUCGACAACCUGCAACGUGUGAAGCAGAAGCUGGAGAAGGAGAAGAGUGAGCUGAAGAUGGAGAUUGAUGACUUGGCCAGCAACAUGGAGUCUGUCUCCAAAGCCAAGGCCAACCUGGAGAAGAUGUGCCGCACUCUGGAAGAUCAGCUGAGUGAGAUUAAAACCAAGGAAGAAGAGCAUCAGCGCAUGAUCAAUGACCUCACUGCUCAAAGAGCUCGUCUGCAGACAGAGUCAGGUGAAUAUUCACGUCAGGUGGAAGAGAAAGAUGCUAUGGUUUCUCAGCUGUCAAGAGGCAAGCAGGCUUUCACCCAGCAGAUUGAGGAACUCAAGAGGCAUCUGGAAGAAGAGAUAAAGGCCAAGAAUGCCCUGGCCCACGCCCUCCAGUCCGCUCGCCACGACUGUGACUUGCUCCGGGAGCAAUAUGAGGAGGAGCAGGAGGCCAAGGGGGAGCUGCAGCGAGCCCUGUCCAAGGCCAACAGUGAAGUGGCCCAGUGGAGAACCAAAUACGAGACGGACGCGAUUCAGCGCACGGAGGAGCUCGAGGAGGCCAAGAAGAAGCUGGCCCAGCGCCUGCAGGAUGCAGAGGAGCAUGUUGAAGCUGUCAAUGCCAAAUGUGCCUCUCUGGAAAAGACAAAGCAGAGGCUGCAGAAUGAAGUGGAGGACCUGAUGAUUGAUGUGGAGAGAUCCAAUGCUGCCUGUGCUGCUCUGGAUAAGAAGCAGAAGAACUUUGACAAGAUCCUGGCAGAAUGGAAGCAGAAGUAUGAGGAAACGCAGGCUGAGCUGGAGGCCUCGCAGAAGGAGUCGCGCUCUCUGAGCACGGAGCUGUUCAAGAUGAAGAAUGCCUAUGAGGAGUCCUUGGACCACCUGGAAACAAUGAAGCGGGAGAACAAGAACUUGCAGCAGGAGAUUUCCGACCUCACGGAGCAGAUUGCGGAGGGAGGAAAGGCGAUUCAUGAGCUGGAGAAAGUGAAGAAGCAGAUUGAGCAGGAGAAAUCUGAACUGCAAGCCUCCCUGGAGGAAGCUGAGGCCUCCCUGGAACAUGAGGAGGGGAAGAUCCUGCGCCUGCAGCUUGAGCUCAACCAAGUGAAGGCUGAGAUUGACAGGAAGAUAGCAGAGAAAGAUGAGGAGAUAGAUCAGAUGAAAAGAAACCACCUCAGAAUUGUGGACUCGAUGCAGAGCACCCUGGAUGCUGAGAUCAGGAGCAGGAAUGAAGCCCUGAGGCUGAAGAAGAAGAUGGAGGGAGACCUGAAUGAAAUGGAGAUCCAGCUGAGCCAUGCCAACCGCCAGGCUGCAGAGGCACAGAAGAACCUGAGGAACACCCAGGCUGUGCUCAAGGACACUCAGCUGCACCUGGACGAUGCUCUCAGGACACAGGAGGACCUGAAGGAGCAGGUGGCCAUGGUAGAGCGCAGAGCAAACCUGCUGCAGGCUGAAGUUGAGGAGCUCCGUGCAGCCCUGGAGCAGACGGAGCGGUCGAGGAAAUUGGCUGAGCAGGAGCUUCUGGAUGCAAGUGAGAGAGUUCAGCUCCUCCACACUCAGAACACCAGCCUGAUCAACACCAAGAAGAAGCUGGAAACGGACAUUUCCCAAAUCCAGAGUGAAAUGGAGGAUACCAUCCAGGAAGCCCGCAAUGCUGAGGAGAAGGCCAAGAAGGCCAUCACAGAUGCGGCCAUGAUGGCAGAAGAGCUGAAGAAGGAGCAGGACACCAGUGCCCACCUGGAGAGGAUGAAGAAGAACCUGGACCAGACGGUGAAGGACCUGCAGCACCGUCUGGAAGAGGCCGAGCAGCUGGCACUGAAGGGAGGGAAGAAGCAGAUCCAGAAGCUGGAGGCCAGGGUGCGGGAGCUGGAAGGGGAGGUUGAUGCUGAGCAGAAGCGCAGCGCUGAAGCCGUGAAGGGUGUGCGCAAGUACGAGCGCAGGGUGAAGGAACUCACCUACCAGUCCGAGGAAGACAGGAAGAAUGUGCUGAGGCUGCAGGAUCUGGUAGACAAGCUGCAAAUGAAAGUGAAAUCCUACAAGAGACAAGCUGAGGAAGCUGAGGAGCUGUCCAAUGUGAACCUGUCCAAGUUCCGCAAGAUCCAGCACGAGCUGGAGGAGGCCGAGGAGCGGGCUGACAUUGCAGAGUCACAGGUCAACAAGCUCCGAGUGAAGAGCCGCGAGUUUCACAGCAAGAAAAUAGCAGAGGAAGAGUGAAAAUUGCAUGAGGCAUCAAAGUGACCUGAGGGCUGCACAAAAUGUGAGCCCUCUGUCACUUCUUUCUGCAACAAGGCUUUAUGAAUUAGUCAAUGUCUAAAGACAAAGACCGUAGAUUCCUUUGCAUGAAAAGCAGUAGCUACAUUUUAGUUUUGCAGUUAUUUAGGUGCUGAUUUUGUUCAAACAAUAUUCAAACAAUAUUCAGGAGUAAACUCCUGAAUUUUCUGGAGUAAGAUUUAGAAACUGCAACUACAGUAAAAGUAAUAUGCAUGAGAGCAAACAAAAAUUUUUACACUGUACUAGAGUGUUUCCCAGAAAUGGAAUUGUGAUUUAAAGUUAGAAUAAAUAAAUAUUAAAUAAAUAAUGCUUUUUAGGAAGAGAAA